AUGUCAAGUCCAAGUAUUCAAUCUUCAAGUUCCUAUGGACAAGGUAGAGAAGUAGGUGUUGUCGAUCUAUCGGAUAUCAUAUCGAAUGAAGAUCUCAAUAGGAUAAAAGCGUACGGUGGAGUGAAAGGAUUGGCCAAUCUGCUGGGUUCGUCGGUGGAUCGUGGUCUGUCGUCGGCGGAAGCCAGCUCGCCAGAGCGUAUCGAGCGGUUCGGCAGUAAUCGCAACAGGGAAGUGCCAAUCAAAUCGUUUUUCUUUUUCGUGUGGGAAGCUGCACAUGACAAAACACUGAUUAUUCUUAUUGUCGCUGCGAUAGUCAGUAUCAUUCUUGGUCUGACGGUGGAGGAUAGAUCGACCGGGUGGAUCGACGGAACUGCCAUCUUGGUUGCCGUGACCAUCGUUGUUCUAGUGACUGCCGGUAAUGACUACAACAAAGAACAGAAAUUCAGAAAGCUGAAUUCCAUCCGUAACGAACACAACGCAUCGGUACUCCGAGAUGGUCGUGUCGUCUCCCUUCCGGUCACCGACAUCGUUGUUGGUGACAUCGUCAAGUUGGAAGCUGGAGAUACCGUUCCAGCCGAUGGAUUAUAUAUUAACGGAACCAAUUUCUCUGUUGAUGAAAGUGCUAUGACUGGUGAAUCAGAUUCCAAACAUAAAUCAGAGGAUGUAGAACCAUUUAUGUUGUCUGGAUGUCAGGUUUUGGAGGGUCGUUGUGAAUACUUGGUGAUUGCAGUCGGUGUUAACUCGCAGUGGGGCAAAUUGAAAUCGCUACUUGAGGUGCCAGACUCUGACACUCCACUGACGAUAAAACUCGAGAGCUUGGCACAAUCGAUCGGAAAGUUUGGUCUGGCUGCAGCGGUCGCCACUUUUAUCAUUCUCAUUGUAAAGUUUAGUAUUACGAUGAAGGUGAAUCAUAUUCGUUGGGAAUGGUCGUAUCUCGGAACGAUCGUACAGUUCCUGGUGACUUCGAUUGCCAUCAUUGUUAUGGCUGUGCCCGAGGGAUUGCCGCUGGCCGUUACCAUCUCACUUGCCUUCAGCAUGAUGAAGAUGAUGAAAGACAACAACUUGGUUCGUCACUUGGAAGCCUGUGAAACAAUGGGUGGCGCCACCAACAUCUGCUCCGAUAAGACCGGAACGCUAACAAUGAAUCGUAUGUCGGUGGAAGCGAGUCUUGUCGGCUCUGGAAUUGUCAAUCCCGACGGCCAAAUCGUGUCGCUGCUCUCUGAUAACAUUUGUCUCAAUUCCACUGCCUAUAUUGUUCACCACGAAGGUAACCAGGUGAAUGACCACUUUGGCAGUAAAACAGAGUGUGCACUGCUCGAGUUUAUCGAACGCUACCAAGUCGACUAUGAGCACUACCGUGAGGAGAACAAAGCACGUAUUGUCAACCAAUAUCCAUUCAGUUCCGAAAAGAAAAUGUCUGCCAUUCUCGUGAGAAACAUCAGCAACAGCAGUAGCAAGGGAGGUAUCAAACCAUAUCGUUUACAUGUAAAGGGUGCUGCAGAGUUGGUUCUUUCAAAGUGUGACAAGAUGAUUGUCGAAGAUGGAAGUAGUAAGUCGUUCAAUCGCGAGGAAAAGCUGUUGGUUUCCAAGGAUAUUGAGAUCUAUGCUAGUUCGGGAUUGCGUACUCUUCUGCUUGCUUUCAAGGAUUUGGACGAGGGUCAACAGAAUGACUUUGACAAUCCAAACUCUGGACACUUUACAUUCUUGGCGUUGGUUGGAAUCAAGGAUCCAGUUCGACCAGAAGUUCCUGCUGCCGUCCGAAAAUGUCAACACGCUGGAAUCACCGUGAGAAUGCUGACCGGUGACAAUAUCCUGACUGCCAAGAACAUCGCACGUGAAUGUAAUAUUCUCAGAGAUGGCGGUGUUGCUAUUGAAGGACCGCAAUUCCGUCAGCUCACCAACGAACAACUAGAGAUUAUCAUUCCACAUCUUCAGGUGCUAGCCAGAUGUUCGCCAACCGAUAAGUACACGCUCGUCCACAAGUUGCGAGAGAUGGGAGAAGUCGUUGCCGUUACCGGUGACGGUGUCAACGAUGCUCCACAGCUGAAGGAAGCAGACGUCGGAUUCUCCAUGGGAAUAGCAGGUACUGAAGUAGCUAAAGAAGCAUCGGAUAUCGUGUUGCUCGACGACAACUUCUCGUCGAUUGGCAAAGCAGUAAUGUGGGGUCGUAACGUGUACGACUCCAUUCGUAAGUUCAUCCAAUUCCAGUUGACCGUAAACUUUGUCGCUGUCACCAUGGCGAUUAUCGGUGCUAUUACCGAUGGUGAGUCACCGCUACGUCCAAUUCAAAUGCUCUGGGUCAAUUUGAUUAUGGAUACACUCGGUGCACUGGCGUUGGCAACAGAACCGCCCACCGAGAAACUCUUUGAUCGUCUUCCCUACGGUAGAUACGAUUCUCUUAUUACCAGAAGAAUGUGGAGAAACAUCAUCGGACAGACCAUCUACCAACUAUCGUUCCUCUUUGCCAUCAUGUACGGUGCACCUACACUAGUUAAGCUAUUUGAUCUUCCAGCCUACUCACACUGGACACUUCACGACAAACUAGUCUAUCACACUAUUAUCUUUAAUACAUUUGUAUUCUGUCAGUUCUUUAAUGAAAUUAAUUGUAGAGUUUUAAAUAAUGAUUUAAAUGUAUUUAAAGGAAUUCAUAGAUCACAAUUGUUUGUUGGUAUUAUGAUUGGUACUAUUGGUAUUCAAAUUAUUUUGGUUGAAUUUGGAAAUGAUUUCUUUGGUACUCGUCCACUCGAUUUAUAUCAAUGGUUGUUCUGUAUUACUAUAGGUGCAGGUGGUCUGAUCUGGGGAUUCUGUUUGAGAUUGUUACCAAUUAAAGAUAGACAACCGAUCACCAGACAAUUGAGAAGAAUCAAACAGGAGGAUGUAGAGAUCGAUAUCGAUAUUGAAUCGACACCACUCUUACCACAGAGCAAGUGGAGAACCGCUCAAAAGGUAAUGACCGAAAUCAACGUCAUCUCAGCCUUUAGAAAUCAACCGAGACUCAAGAGAACCAAAGGUCUAUUCGUUUCGAAGGAUUCUGAUUUAAGAAGUAGAAAAUUCAACAAGUCUUCGAAUCCUUUUGCUGGUAAACAAUAA